GCGGCCCCGGGGAACUGAGGCGACGUGUCUGUCUGGCGCGGAGUGGGCGCUCCCUGGCUCGACUUUGGUGUCCGCCGGCAGGUCCUGGCUCGCGGAGCAGCAGCGUGGGGCGGCGGCGGCGGCGGGGGAAGCGGAGGCCCGGGCGAGGGGCGGCAGAGGCCCAGGACCAGGCCCAGGCCAUGGCUUCCUCCUCGGCUGAGACGGCGGAGCGGCUGCGGCGGCGGAUCCAGGAGCUGGAGCAGGAGCUGGCGCUGGAGCGGAGCCGGCGAACCCCGGGGGGCUGCGCCGGGGGAGAUGUGGGAGGGGGCGGAGGAGGCCGGGCUCGCAUCGACAAGAUGAGCCCCGAGGUGGUGGAUUCCAACCCCUACAGUCGUCUGAUGGCAUUGAAACGAAUGGGAAUUGUAAAGGAUUAUGAGAAAAUCCGAACCUUUGCUGUAGCAAUCGUUGGUGUCGGUGGAGUUGGUAGUGUAACUGCUGAAAUGCUAACAAGAUGUGGCAUUGGUAAGUUGUUACUAUUUGAUUACGACAAAGUGGAACUGGCCAACAUGAACAGACUUUUCUUCCAGCCCCAUCAAGCAGGAUUAAGCAAAGUUCAAGCAGCAGAGCAUACUUUACGGAAUAUUAAUCCUGAUGUUCACUUUGAAGUAUAUAAUUAUAAUAUCACCACAGUGGACAACUUUCAACAUUUCAUGGAUAGAAUAAGUAAUGGUGGCUUGGAAAGUGGGAAACCUGUUGACCUAGUUCUGAGCUGUGUGGACAACUUUGAAGCUCGAAUGGCAAUUAAUACAGCUUGUAAUGAACUUGGGCAAACAUGGAUGGAAUCUGGGGUUAGUGAAAAUGCGGUCUCAGGGCACAUACAACUUAUCAUUCCUGGGGAAUCUGCUUGUUUUGCGUGUGCUCCUCCACUGGUAGUUGCUGCAAAUAUCGAUGAAAAGACACUGAAAAGAGAAGGAGUUUGUGCGGCUAGUCUUCCCACUACUAUGGGAGUGGUAGCUGGAAUUCUUGUACAAAAUGUGUUAAAGUUUCUGUUAAAUUUUGGGACUGUGAGUUUUUACCUGGGUUAUAAUGCAAUGCAAGAUUUCUUUCCUACUAUGUCCAUGAAGCCAAAUCCUCAGUGUGAUGACAGAAACUGCAGGAAACAACAGGAAGAAUACAAGAAAAAAGUUGCAGCUCUACCCAAACAAGAGGUUGUUGAACAUCAAGAGGAAGAAAUCCUGCAUGAGGACAAUGAUUGGGGUAUCGAGUUAGUAUCUGAGAUUUCAGAAGAGGAGCUAAAAGAUGCUUCUGGUCCUGUUCCUGACUUGCCUAAAGGAAUUACAGUGGCAUACACAGUUCCAAAAAAGGCAGAAGAUCCUUUGCCUGGGGGUGAGUCAGUGGAAGAUUCUGGGGAAAGUUUGGAAGAACUUAUGGCCAAGAUGAAGAACAUGUAGCCAGGAGCCAUCUUGUUUCAUCUUUUCCCUUCUGGAGAAACUGAAGAAAUAAACUUUCAAAGAGUCGAGAAUUCCUGCACUGUUAGUAAAGCGUAAGGUGGUGUCAUUUGAUAUGUGGUCUUUAUUGGUACUGUGUCUUACUCUUGGAAAUUAAGAGUACCUUGAUUUGAUUUCUUUUAUUCACCUGAAGAGUCCUCAGACUAUGAAGAAGAAACUGUAAGAGGCUGUGAUAUGUCCUCAGGUCUAGCCACUGAGAUAGAAGGCUUUAGGCUCCAAAUAAGAAGGUCAGUGCAAAUAAGUGUCACCCUCUAUAAUAGAAGCUGUGGAACCAGAUUAGUUGUGCCCAGAAACCCUUUGACUCCAUUGGGAUUUGGAGGCCAAUUACGGUUCAGAUUAAGGAGUUGUCUUUGCUGUACCUUGAUAGCAUACAUGCUACAAUACUGAAAUUGAAAAUACAUUUUGUAAACUUUAAAAAUAUUAGUAUAUGAUGUUGAAGUAAAGGUAGUGAUCAGUGAAAUCAAUGUUUAAAGUUACGUCUGAUGGGACACGAAUAUUUGGUCACUAAGAAGGUAAACCAUACAAGCUGAUGCUUUAUCAUAUCCUGGAUGUACUCUUUCAAGAUGAUUGGUUAUUCUGAUUAAAUUUACAUUUACCAGC